AUGCGCAACACUGUUGUUCACCUUCCCUCUGCUAGCUCAACUGAGCAUUCAGCGCUCAAUCUCAAGGACUAUUCAUGGUCACCAUCGUCAGCCGGGCCGCCAGAAUAUGACAACGGAACCGAUGGUGAGUCGUUGCGAUUUCCAUCGCCUGACACCGCGGGACGCGUUAGGUCUGAUGUACCACCUAUGCCCAUGACCGCCACAAGUUGGGGCGCUCCGCUGUCGUACCCACCAUCCCCGUUCGAUACCGGUUCCCGGUAUGCGUCGUUCGUCGACGAGGCUGCGAGAGCAAUGUCCAGCUUCCUGGCGACUCCUGAAAUUGCGACCUCCUGGGACCCGCCUUCUAACCCAGUCGCUCCCAUGUUACGGUAUUGCUUCGAUGCCAUUCACCGUAGACCGAACAGCUCAAUCGAAAGUACCAUUUAG